UUGUGGGAAAUCAAUGGCUGCCUUGUGCAAGUUGUGGUUUGCAGAUUUCUAAAUUGUCGCCGACAAACCUAAUUUUGUCUGUUUUUGCAAAACAUUUACCUGAUUUUGUGUUGCCAGAUGAUUUAUCUGCACUCAUGAUCAAGUAUAUUGUUAUGGGCUUGCGAGGAUUUUUUGUACUGGCUGCUAAGAUAUGGAGUUUCAUAUGCUACUGUUUCAAACGUCAAAUUCGCUCGGUUAUACAACAUCAAACAGUAAAAUAUGAAGUUAUACCGUUAUCACCUCUAUCUAAGCAUAGACUUAGUAUGCUUAGAAGAAAGACAUUAGUAUUAGAUUUAGAUGAGACGUUAAUACAUUCACAUCAUGAUGGAGUUAUACGACAGACUGUUAAACCAGGGACACCUCCAGAUUUUGUAUUAAAGGUUAUGAUAGACAGACAUCCUGUGAGAUUUUUUGUACACAAACGACCACAUGUAGAUUAUUUUCUGGAAGUUGUGAGUCAGUGGUAUGAUUUAGUUGUAUUUACAGCCUCUAUGGAGAUAUAUGGGGCAGCAGUUGCUGAUAAACUCGAUAAUAACAGAGGAAUAUUAAAUAGACGAUAUUAUAGGCAGCAUUGUAAUUUAGCAGCGGGUAGUUACACUAAAGAUCUCUCUGCCAUUAACCGUGACCUCUCCAGUAUAUUUAUACUAGAUAAUUCACCUGUGGCAUACAGAGCUUAUCCAGAUAAUGCUAUACCAAUCACGUCAUGGUUUAGUGAUGCAACAGAUACUUGUUUAUUAUGUUUAUUACCGCUGCUGGACUCUCUACGAUUCUGUAACGAUGUACGUUCUGUCCUCAGCAGGAACUUACACAAAGUUGUAGUAUAUUAGUUUAACACUCAGAUACCAUUAUAUACAGACAGUAUCAUACGAUCAUCUAAUUAAUCAUGUGUCAUUAUUAAAUGAGCCAUGUCACGACAAAACCAACAUAGUGUGUUUGCUACCAGCAUGGAUCCAGACCAGCCUGCGCAUCCGCGCAGUCUG